CAUUUCCUGCUUUCCAUCAGGCGAUCCGUGUGUCUGUGGAGAAAACGCCAGCUCUGUUCACAUCAAACGGGACCGGGGACGGCUCGGAAAACUCCCCGUUCGCCGCUUUACGGUUCGCUUUGUUUACGAUGACAGAUGACGGGGCGGCCGCCGGGCAGCGAGCGUAGCUGAUGCACCAUCAUCCAAUGCAGCCCAACCUGAAACCUGGCUGGCCCUCGACUUGUAACUCCGGAGGUAACCACAGUAACUGGAGCAACACGAUGGACACUCCUCAGUAUCCAGGCUACCCGUCACACUACUGGUACCCUCAGUCUCAUUCCACGGGGCACUAUGCAAAUUCCUAUCCCUCUGGAUCAGAUGUUCAGCCACAGUACAACCCACAGGUUGUACCUGGAGGUUAUCCAAACGGCCACGGAGUGUACAGCCCUGCGCAGAGUCAAUAUUCAACCAGUGGUUUCCAUCCAUCCAACCCGUUCUACUGUGCUGACCCUCAGAGACCUGCUCCAGGCUCCUAUCCUAAUCAGGGCUGUCCAGCGGAGCAGAGCGGCGGGCCGUCUGGGCAGCCGCACUCUCAGCACCAACAUCAUCACUAUCCCGGGCCACACUGUCAAGGAGGUCCCGGAUAUCCUCCCGGGCCGUACUCGCACUACAGUGAAGGCGGCCAUGCGAUGCCCCAACACCCCCCAUAUCCAACCAACCAGUCCAUCCACCCCAGCCCACAGGCCGAUGCCUGGGCGCACUCUGGUCCAUAUGCACCAUCACAGCAGCAGUGGCAGCCCGGUCAGCAGCCGCCGCAGAACCACUAUGGGAAUCCUGUCCGUCCUCUACAUCCUCCAGCGUGGCCAGGAACUGGAACUGGAGCGCCACCGCCGUACCAGCCCAAGGACCAGCGAGCUCCGCAAGUGGGACCCAGACCAAGACCAGCACCAUCCCCAAAUCCCCCAAACGGAAAGCCAGCUGAAAUAAGUUCUCCUCCUCAAAUGUACAACAAAACCGGCAGAAAUGAUCCCACUCCCACGCCAGCCAAUCCCUCACCCCCGGCACCGUCACCAGCUCCGGCUCCGGGCCACGCCGGACCUCAGCAGCCCCUGAGCGAUAACCCCGGCUUGGCUAAAGUUCAGCAGGUCAUGGGUCGAGUUCUCCUCCUUCAGGAAGAUGUUGAUGAAUUUGUCGGCAGAAAAACAGACAAGAGCUACCGUUGUCUGGAAGAACUGCUUACCAAAGAGCUGCUGGUGCUGGACUCUGUGGAGACUCAGGGACAGGAGGUCGUCCGACAAGCUCGAAAAGAGGCGGUACAGAGAAUCCAGGCCAUUCUGGACCAGCUGGAGAAAAAAGCCUUCUGAAAGGGACUUUGAUUUCUGCUUGUGGAUACUCAAGUUUAGUUUUCUUCCAGAUCUUCCAUGGACAUGUCCAAGGAUUAGUCCUGUUCUUUGGAGCUGUGUUAUCUUUUAGUUUUUUGGGUUUUUUUUUUUUUUUUUUCCCACCUCCAUGAUAUUAUUACUGGCUUGAUCAAAGUGACACGGACCCAAGAGCAAGACGGAGCAGUUACUGUCCCUUGGAAUCAGCCUUUAAAGUCUCACUGUGCUAGCAGAACUGAUAUGGUGGCGUUGGAUGUGAAGGCUGAUGGCUGUACAAAUCGAAAGUGGCGUGCCGGCAACACAACUCUGACUCAGCUUAUCUUUUUUACGUCAUGCCUUUGCCAGCGUCAUGCCAGGCAGAGUCACUGGGAAGACGGUUUUUCUUUUUUCCAGUGCCACCAUUCAACUGCUGAUGGUCUCUAACCGGUGAUGGAGAUUCAGAUUUUCAUCAUUCUGCCCCUCAGGAUCGAGGGUCGGCUUCAGCCUGACCCUACGUUUAACAACAUGUGCACUUCCUUUUGUCGCUGUCCGUGACUACGUUUCGCUGUCCGUUUGCAUGUUCACAACACUGUUCCCUCCCCUGAUGUAGAUUCCUGUAGGUCACUCUCCUCUCUGUGGCUCUGCAGCAGGAGGAGCAGUGCUUUUUUCUUUUCACUUGUUCUCUCAGCCCCGCAUGCACUUUAAUAUCAGAUAAAGUCUUGACAUCUCCAAGCUCAUAAUUGGGCUUAGAGUGUAGCAAAUUAGUGAAGAAGCCCCUGAAGAUCGCUGUCCCAAUUACUCUCUCCUUUGGAUGAACAAGCUUCCUGGACACAGACCUAGAAUCAGACCUACUUAUGAAUGCCAUGUAUUUUACUCUAUUACAAAUAGGUAAGAAUUCCUUGAGAAGUUAACUCCCCUCUCUUUAAAUACUUAUAUAGAAAGAAAAUGUAAUUCUUUGACCUUUUAAGUAAUAUAUUUUGCUUAAGGACAAUGUUGGAUACUGCGAUUUGACCAACUGUUUAGUUUCACUUUUUUUUGUUUUCUCUAGCACACAUAUUCUUGAGUCAAAAUAAGCUUUGCACCACAAUCCAUUGUCUUUCUGUAGUGCGUUUAUUUUCCUCAAGUUGAUUUUCGAACAAAGAAAAAGAGUGCCAUAUUUUAAAGGAUGGUUUUCUAUGAAUUAAACAAUAA